GUGAAAAUCGUAUGCUCGACCGACGCGCACAGACGCCAAGCUCGCACACACACUAAACACAACGGGACAGACGUUGUACUCCAUACUGUUUUCAGAGUUUAUUUACUAUAUACUUACUUAUGUAUUUACGUAUGUCAUGAAGUCCCACCACGCCUAUCGGUGAUCAAUAAUCUUUUUUUUCAGUAGCGGUACGCACUACUCGUUCCGAUUCCGAAUUUCGUUUGUAUUGCCAUUGCGAUUUUCCUAUAAUCAGAAUCUGGAACAUUGUAAAUGUGUGAAUAGCACAAUCCUCCGUUUAAUCGUAAUGGCGAUCGCUGGUGUAUUCUGACCGGCAGCCUAUACUAUAGCCUGGCAUCGUUUGCGUUUUAUUGAUCGAGUGGAUUCCGUUAUCCGACUGACUGCAUUUUAUUAAUACCGUUCUCGCUCGUCCUGUCCAAUUUUACCUUUAGACUACAAAAUUUCAGCGUCUUCAGUACAGUGAAACGUAUAUAAAUAUACUGCCACCACUGUUUGAGAACACGGAUUGUUUAACACCUCUGAAUCUACAAUAUUAUUGAUACGUUAUUCAUAUUUUAUUUGACGACAUAAUGGAAGAUAUUUAUAAUUUCGCCCAAGGUGACAAUGUGCUUGCAUACUUUCAAAAUUUGCUGUAUGAAGCUAAAUGUAUGAAACGGCGCUUGACAGACGAUGGUGAAAAGCAAUACUUUAUUCAUUACAAGGGAUGGAAAACAACUUGGGACGAAUGGGUAGAUGAAGAUGAAUUAUUGGAAAUUAAUGAAAUUAAUUUAGGUCACCAACAAAGACUUAAGCAGAAUUUUGAAAAAUCAAAAAAAGAACUUGAGAAAAUCAAAAGAGGAAGAAAAAAAACUGAAAAACCUAAUGAAAAGAUCAGUUUGCCUUCCCCGUCGAAACCUAGAGGUCGACCAAAAAAAACAGUAAUAGAUUCUGAAAAGAAUAAAAGAAAACACACUGACAAAAAUCUACAAAAAAGAGGUCAAUCAGAGAAAGCAGUCAAUAAACCUAAAAGUAACAUUGUCGAUAGAGAAGUCAAGAACAAAAUCAAACCUGUCAGUGAUGAUACAAUUACAGAAAUUACUCUUAGUAGUAGUACUAUGGGAAACAGUAUUGAAACAACAAAAAAUGUAAAAACAUAUACAAACAAAACUAAAAAACUUACAAAUGAAGUAAUACAAAAUAUAAGUAUAAUUGAACCAAGCACGUCUAUGGACAUCGAUUAUAGUAACGAGUUUCAACUUGAAUACGAACCAGUUCCAAAACGUCCUAAAACUUAUUCUAAAGAUAAAACUACAGAAGAAAUAAAAAUGAUUGCCAGUAAUGUGUCCGAUGAUCCUACAGAAAAUAUUAGCAUACAAUUUGCAAGACAAGCUUCAAUUUCUGAACCAGCUAAGACCUUACCAGUUAAGACCUUAGCUACUAAUUUCUUUACUGAACCACGUGUACCUUCUACUUUGUUUACUAACCGAGAGAUGGAUGUAGAGAAAAUUUUAAGGGAACAAUCUCUUCGAACUGCUGCUCAUACUUACCUAAAAAUCAUUCCAUUUCCAAUGCGUCUUAGUGAGAAAUUACCCAAUGGUGUGAAAUUGCCAGAUAAAUUAAAGAAAGUGUUGAUAAAUGAUUUGGAAAUACAAAAUCAAUGCAACAAGUUACUUAAAUUUCAUGAUGAUCAUUAUGUUGCAAAAGUUGCAUAUACCUUCAUUGAAUCACAUAACUUUCCAGAUGAUCUUCAUAGGAAAUCAUCAAUAAUAUUAUGUACAAAAUUGAUGAACUAUUUUAACAGUAUUGUUCACACACAUAUUUCAUACCAAAAUGAGAUAAAGAACGGUAUUCAAUUAAAGGGAAUGUCCCAUUUCAAGAAAAGAUUAGCUGAACAACCAAAUAUGACCUAUGUCUUUAAACAACACAUCGUACCCAAAAAAAUAUGGUGUUAUGUGUAUGGACCCAUUUUUCUAUUGAGAUUUCUCGUGAGAUUGCCAUUUUUUAUAUUAAAAACCUCGUGGAAUCCUGAAUGCGAUUUAGAUUUCUUCGUUCAGUUCAUUGAUAAUAUGAUGCAAUUUUUGGAUGAUAAUAUUGAUACUUAUUUCUCUGCGGUUGAUUACAUGGAACUAUAAAUAUAUAUAUAAAAAAAUAUAAAUUAUAUAAUGUAUAUGUACAAAUUAUUUUUAAUUUAGUUAAGUUUAUACUAUAAAAAAUGUCGUUAAUUGAUAUUAAAACAAAAAUAAUUGUAUAACUUAUACUAAUGUAUAGUGCUUAGAUUUAUAUGUAUUUGUUUAUGAAAAACAUUAGUUGUUCACAAGCGUUCUUAGUUAUUAAUUAAUACAAAUGAUUUAAAAUUAUUAUAUUUAUAUUAUUAUUAUUAUUAUGAUUAAGUAUAUUCUAAAAAAUAAACAUAAGAGAAUCUAAGAGGACCAUUUUCUGUUAUCACAUAAGUAACUAUUUUUCAGUGAAUCUAGAAAAAUUUUGUUAUUUUUUUGUUAUAGUUUUCUAGAAACAUUUAUUGUAUUUAUGCUUAUGCUUUCAUAUAAUGUUAAGUAGCCAUCCUCCCUUGGGAACUAUGAUCUGAUGUUACUAAGAAAAUGUACCUAACUGUCCUAACUUAAUGUAACCAAAUGUUCAUUCUUAUCAUAUGGUAAACUUAUAAAGCUUUUACACAAUAAUUGACAUUUGGUUUCAUAACUGAUUUAUGAAUCUUUUCUACUACUUAAAGCUGUAUAAUUAUUAUUAUUUGUAUAUCUGAGAACUUUUUUUAAGAAGUUACUGGUUCAUGCAUUUAUUUUCAAUUGUUGUAUGUGCAGCGGGUCUUUUAAAAUAUAAAUAUAGAAUUGUGAAAAUUGACAAGUUAAUGUAAUCAUCAAUUAAUGUUGAUAUUGUCCUUUCCCCAUAAUUGAGUAAUUCAUAGAAAUAUUAUAUAUAUGGUAUAUCAAUAUAUCUAAUAAAAUGAAUUUUUUAUAACAGCUAAAA